CCUCAAAUUGUUAUAUUUUGUUAAAUUGAUGAAUAAUUCUAAUUAGAUUGACAAAGAUGGGGCUUUUAACGGACCCAAGCGCCGAACAAGGCAAAGCCACGAAAGCCUUGCUAAAAUACCACACAAAAUUAUCAUUAUUACUGUAUUUGUCUGGCGUGGUAUGGUUUUGUGUACUUGCUUAUCCUUCAAUGAAUGCCAGUACGUAUUUUUCCGAAAACGCCCUUUUACCAGGUCUAGUCAAGUCAGAAUUCAGGGAAGAUAAAUCGGCUGAAAGAUUUUUGCACGAACUUGAAGAUGAAAUGAAGAAAUAUAAGGAUUCUGUGCCAUACUCUUGGAUAUUGGCUAAAUUUCAACAAAUUGGACUCGAUACAUAUACCCACAAUUUUACAUUGAAUUCGCCUUUAAAAAUAAACGAGAAAUACCCGGGUAAAAACGUAUAUGGCAUCCUACGUGCACCCAGAGCAUCCAGUACAGAAGCUCUAGUACUAAGUGUACCAUACAGACCGGCCUCUAGCCCCCAUCUAACGACAGCGCCAUCUAUCGCGAUUAUGCUGGCAUUUGCGAAAUACGCUAACCGAAAUAAUUAUUGGGCGAAAGAUAUAAUUUUCCUCAUAACAGAACAUGAGCAGUUGGGCGUUCAGGCUUGGUUGGAAGCCUAUCAUGGGGCAACAAGAGGUUACGAGGGGAUUUUGGACAGUGGCGACUUGAGAGGUAGAGCUGGGGCUAUUCAGGCUGCAAUUAAUUUGGAGUUUCAUGAAGCCAGGAUCGGGCAAAUGGAUAUUAAAAUAGAAGGGUUAAAUGGGCAGUUGCCCAAUUUGGAUUUGUUCAAUUUGGCAGUUAAAAUGUGUACCAAAGAAGGAUUGUCUAGUACUUUCAAAGGACGGGCUAAUGAAUAUUACAGAGAACCUUUCGAUGUUUGGUUUCAUUAUUUUAAGACUUUAAUGGCUAUGUUUUUUACUCAAGCAACAGGGAUUCCCAAUGGUAAUCAUGGAUUGUUCCAUAGUUUUGGUAUUCAAUCCUUGACCAUGGAAGGUUUUGGUCAGGCUAAAAUCAGGGCUACAAAAGUGGGAUUUUUGAGUACUGGUAGAAUUUUGGAAGGGAUUUUUAGAAGUUUAAAUAAUUUACUGGAAAGGUUCCAUCAAAGUUUCUUCUUUUAUUUGUUGCCUUCUUCAGAUAGAUACAUUUCAAUAGGACUUUAUAUGCCUGCAGUUUGUCUAAUAGCAGCUUCAUUGAUAAUAAAAGCUUGUGCAAAAUGGUGCAAACUCCAAGAAACACCAGAAAAUGAGAGUGGUAAAAAAUCCUUGGCAAGAAAAGGUAUGGACAACAUAAACUUUGAAAGAAUCAUCACAAUAUUUCUUUUGGCUCACAUAAUAGGAAUGCUGAUAAAAUACUCCCCCCAAUAUCUAAUAAAAAUCAGCGAGGAACACGAUUUACCGGCCACUAAAUUCGUUACGAACACUUUGUUCGCUUUUUGUGCCCUUUCAUUCGCCGUCGUUUAUUUGGUGUCUUUCAAAACUUGCAGUAACAGUAUGACGGUUUUGAAUAUAUUUGCGCUAUUGGAGCUUGGUACUACUUUGAUUUGCAUUUCCAUGAAUAACUUUUCGCUUGGGAUGUUCUGUGCCACUAUAUGGGCACCCAUAGCCUUAUUCAUAAAUCCAACAUCUUGCAAAUACUACAGUUACAUGCAAAGAAUCCUAUGGUUAUGUUUACAUCCCCUUGCAAUUUUAACCACUGUAGUCAUGAUAAAUACUUACACAAUGUUCAGAGGAGAAAAAUUAGAUGAAAUAUUUAGCAGAGGUCUAGGGGCUACAAACCAAGCAAUUGUAUUCAGUAUUGUGGAUUCCAUGAUUUAUGGAAACUGGCUGUAUACUUUUGUCACCAGUGUUCUAUUACCAAACUGGCUUUGUUUUUGGUGUGUUUCAUUUAGUGUGAGCAAGGAUAAUGAAAAGGAAGAAGCAAAGAUUAAGAAGACAAAUUAAAAUUAUUUGUGAUUUUGUAUGUUUUUUAUAAAAUAUUUUAUUUGUAAUUUAAUACGCCAGUCAGUAUUUUAAAUAUAAUACAAAAAAUAUAACCAAAGAUUAUAAAUAAA